AUGGCUACUUUAAAACGCAAGUCUCCUGAACUUAUUAAUGCGCAAGAUGCUACGCCUAGUAGUAGGCCAGCUAAGAAGCUGUGCCUGACCCAGGGACAGAAACAGGCGCUGAUUGACAACCUUCAACUCGAAAUUACCGAGCGCGCCCGCAAGCUUCGCUCUCAGUAUGCUUUGCACGCAAGUGACCUCCGUGCCCGUAUUGAACGACGCGUCAAUCGGAUUCCUGUCUCACUCCGCAAGGCAAACAUGGGUGAGCUCCUGGAGAAGUACUCUGCGCAAGCUCAAACUACCUCGCCCCUGCGAAAGACAUCGCCUGCAAAAUCUUCGCGUGCCCCGGCCAUGAUUUCUAUCGACCAAGCUCUUUCUCCCGCUGGAACACGCGACGGUCGGACUCGGCGCACAAGCAAUGAGGGCUAUUCUGAUAAGGAAAAUGCUCCUGCUUCUGGUGAGCCAGAAGGACUCAAAAACCCUAAGCGUCGGGGUAAGGCCCCGGCGGUGGGUGGUACAUCACGCGUCGUGUCUCAGGAAGUGCGAGGAAACGACCACAGAAUCCUAUCGCCCAAGUCGCUCAACUCCCGAACAUACCCGCAGUCGCCCUUCCGUGCCUCCCCCGAAAAAGGCCAGCCAUCGUAUCUCUCCCGACCGACGUCUCCUCUGAAACCUUUCAGUCCACUUCGGGCUGCAGGUCCAGCUUCUCGCCCACGUGGAGCCACCACAUCCUCCGCUAGGGACACUUUACAACCUGCAGCGGCAAAGAAGGCAACUGCCCGUUCAGCGACAGGCCCUAGGUCUGUGAAGUCUCCGCUCCCACGUCCAGCAACCCGCCAAGGGGAAAGAAAAAAUAGCUUCUCGUCCACCGCAUCCUCAGGAACCACUGUGACAAAGUCAACUCGAACUGGCACUGGUGCUAGGAAAGCCACAGCCGGUACGGCAUCUACAACCGCCAAGAAAGCAGCGGUCCCCCGAGCACAGGCUGCAUCGAUGGCCGUCAAGAAGUCUACUUCUGCCACUGCCGCAUCCAUGCGGAAAAUAACUGCCCCUGCGGCAACAACUGAGGCUUCUUCUCGCGGUACACGAGCGCUACGUAAGAGGAUAUAA